GUGGCAGGCGCGGACGCUCUGCCGCCGGAGGGGGCGCAGGUCCGCGGCGCAGGCGCAGCGGCGCAGGACCGCCUGCGCCUUCGAGGCCUGGAGGGGCCACCUGCGGCUGCGGUCGGAGAGGCUGCUCGGCUUCGGGGCGCGCGCCGGGGCCGCAGCGGCGGCGCGGCGCCUGCGCGCGUCCGUUUCUGCGUGGCUCGGCUGCCACGAGGACGGAUGCCCGCCACCAGCGCAAGCAGCUGGCGAAGCGCGCUGCUUUUCGAGUAUGGGCGCGCUGGCUCGGCGCGAGCCUCGAGCUGCGCGCCGCCCUGGGGAGGCUGCUCGCGCACGCAGCCGCGCACGACGCCCGGCGGGCGAUGCUCGCGGCGCUGCGGUGGUGGAGUUGGCAGAUCGCCUGGACCUUCGACGGGCGCCAACCUGGAGGCGUGCUUGCGGCUGGUGUGGGAGCGCCGGCAGGCCAAGGAGCAGCGCGAGGCCCUGCGCCGCCGUUCCGCGGGCAUGGGCGAGCAGGAACGUCCAAGAGGCAGCGGUUUCGCCUUCGCCAUCGUUCUACUGUCCCUGGACGGCUGGAUGCUGCAAUAUGUUGAGAUGGCAAGCAGGCGCACAGGCGCUUCCACGGCGCGCUGCAGCGGCCACUGA